AUGGAAAACAACAACAACAAAAGCCAAAAAAUGAAUUCUGAAGCUGGUCCUUCUUCUGCCAAUCACAGCACUAGGGAGAAAAUGUUCAUGUUCGAUUUAAACGAACUUCCUGAUUCUGAUUAUUCUGAGGAUUCUGCUGAUGAUUGCGUGGCAACAAGAGAAGAUGCAGCUCCCCAAGGUGAUGAUGAAGUUCAGAAAUCAGUGUCUGAUUUUUCAUUCCCUAUUCUUGAAGGACGUGUUGUUUCAGAUGAUGAAGUGAGUGUGGAAAACUAUCAGAAUCCAGUGGUGAACUCUGAUGAAAUUCGUAGGGCUUUGAAAGGGAAAAUGCCUAUGAAUUAUGCUGAAGGAGGUUGUUCCAAAGAAGCUGCUGCUUAUAUUGAUGCAGCUGCUGCUGUUCUUGGUGAUGAUGAUGAUGAUGAAGAAGAAGAAGAUGAAGAAGGAGUGAAAGAUAUAUCAAGUGAUGAGGAUGAUGAAGUUCCUUCUAGCGAUGAAGACAGUGCCAUUGAAGGAAUCCUGAUGCUUCAUGAACAAGAUCCUAAUGCUGCCAGUGGAUCUCGUCCUCAAAGCAAGAGAAAGAUAGAUUUCUCUGAAUACUACAAACCUCCUUGCACUAGGAUUGGAGGAGCUGGACCGAAAACUGUUAUCCAAGUCGAAAGCAUCAAAGAUAUAGUGGAUGAUGGUUAUCGCUGGCGUAAAUAUGGACGCAAAGAAAUCAAAGGAAACCCUAAUAACCCUAGGGGAUACUAUCGCUGCACAUCACAAACCUGCACUGCAAGAAAACAGGUGGAGAGGGAUGCGAAAAACUCAAAGUAUGUGAUUGUUUCAUAUGAAGGGAUACAUAACCAUGGAUUACCACCCACCAAACCUAAGACCCCAACACCAACACCAGCACCAGCAACAGCAACAACACCAACACCAACACCAGCAACAAUACCAUCGAGCAAUACCACUACACCUGCGGUAAGUGCGAGUACGAGCAAACCCGCGCGACCAAUACUUCCAUAUCCAUCUGCUAACUCUCUCUCUACUUAUCCCCACUAUGCAAACUUGGGAUAUUUUCCUGGUUACAGAUCUUAUGGGACGAUGAACUAUAUGUGGCCUAAUAACCCUCAUUUCUACAGCAUGGCUCAUAAGAGUAACAUGGCUGUGCCAUCUUAUGGCACUGUUAGUAGUUCAAAUUUUCAGAACCGUUUUGCUACUUCUUUUUCUAACCCUCAAAAUGCUGCAAGUGGGCCUGCUACUGGUAGAGCGGCACCGCUUUCUGGUUUUCCAAUAUCACCAUCACUGCCACCUUUUGAUACUGUACCCUAUGGUCAUGAUUUUCUUCAUAUUCGUGGGUAUACUACUUCUGCUGCUGCAGCUGCUACUACUGCUCAACUCUCUCCUUUGAGCGAGUCUACUACUGCUCAACGCUUUCCUUUGAGAGAUGCUAAUGCUACUACUUCUCAACUCUCUCCUUCGAGAGAUGCUAAUGCUACUCCUGCUCAACUCCUUCCUUUCAGAGAUGCUAAUGCUACUACUGCUCAACUCUUUCCUUUGGGAGAUGCUAAUGCUACUACUGUUCAACUCUUUCCUUUGAGAGAUCCUACCCCACCUGAGGAAGAAGACAAGGAUGUUGUUUCUAAGAAUGAAUGA